AUGGAGGAAUUUUUGAAGGCCCUUCUGGCAGGCCAACAAGCCCAAGCACAGGCUAGUGCAGCGCUCCUAGAGGAACAGAGAAAAGCUAACCAGUUGAAAGCUGAGGAGCUGCAGCUACAGAAGAAGAUGGCUGCUCAUAGUGUAGGCCCAAUAAAGGCUAGUAACUUUAUCUCCAAAAUGGGGUCCACAGACAAUGUUGAGGCGUACUUACACGCCUUUGAAGCCACGGCCACUAGGGAAGGAUGGCCCAAGGUCCAGUGGGUUGGACUGCUAGCCCCCUUCUUAACGGGUGAAUCACUAAACGCUGUCCGAGACCUACCCCCUGACAAGUUAACCGACUAUGACGCGCUGAAGACGGAAAUCCUCAGCAGACAUGGGCUCACCAAGUACGGUAUGGCCCAGCGCUUCCAAAGCUGGACCUUCCACGCGGACCAAGCUCCGCGUACACAGAUGCAUGAACUGUCGAGAAUUGCCAGGAAAUGGCUGGAACCUGACAAAAACACCGCCGCUGACGUAGUGGAAACCAUUGUUGUGGAUCAUUACCUCAGAGCCCUACCGUAUGAGGCGAAGCGCUUCGUUAGUCAACAGGCCCUAACCACUGUUGACCUCACCAUUGAGGCGGUGGAAAAGUACCAAGCCACCACAGAAAUGCUUCGCACUUCCAAGAGAGACCCUAGGACCACCACCCCUCAGCUGACCGGGGGAGGCCACUCCAAAAACCCCAAGGUAACCAGCCCAACUACAGCAGCACCCAGCUAUGCUCCAUUGAGGGCCAAAAGCCAGCCUGGUCCAGUUAGAAUGGCUCGUGAUAAUGACACCCGACAAUGCUACCGGUGUGGUGAGAUAGGACACAUGUCUUGGCAGUGUGAUAAACAGCUCGACGAGCCCAUGCCAACUGCAGGGUCCUCCAGUUCACCAUCCACCCAGCUAUUCGCAUCGCUCAUCGGGGUCACAGAUGGGCCCCCAGAUCGACCCCCCACCUGCCCUGUAACUGUAAAUUGCCAGGAUGUAGAGGCAUUGUUGGACUCCGGAAGUCGGGUCACCUUGGUACACAAGGACCUAGUGGAUCCAUCGUGUCUGUCCACUGAUAAGGUUCUACCAAUUUCAUGUGUGCAUGGAGACACCAAAGAUUACCCCACCACUGAGCUCAAACUAACCACCACCAGGGGGACUCUUAACACAAGGGCAGGAGUGGUCGACUCUCUCCCUGUUCCUGUUCUGAUUGGGCGAGACUGCCCAGCCUUCCACCAGCUGUUUAGGGAGACACAGCAAGUGCCAGCCAGAGCGCCCCGCAGCCGGAGAGGAAUGGCGGGUACCCAGGCCGACACAGAGUCCGGCCCGGAUACUGAAGAGGAGAAUAUGGCUGGAGGAAUCUCUCCAAGUUCCAAUGAGGGAGACGCCCAGGUCAUCGAGGACCUCCCCCAUCUCACAGGCCAGUAUGGAGCUGCACAGUUGCAGGAUCCCACACUUGUAAAUGCCUUAAAAAAUGUUCAAGUGCUAGAGGGCAGAAUAGUAGGGGAGAGAGCAAGCCCCACAUACCCCCAUUUUGCUGUAAUACGGGGCCUACUGUAUCAGGUUGUGAAGGAAAAGAAUGAAAUACUGGAGCAACUCCUUGUACCACAGCCCCACCGGGCAACUGUACUCAAUCUUGCGCACACCCAUUUACUAGGGGCCCACUUAGGUGUAGAGAAGACAACAGAAAGAAUCCUGCAGCGCUUCUUCUGGCCUGGAGUGCACAAAGAAAUAGAGAAUUUCUGCCGUAGUUGCCCAGACUGCCAGAAGAGGGCACCCAAACCCACUUACCGUAACCCGCUCAUCCCCUUGCCAAUCAUUGAAACCCCUUUUCAGAGGAUUGGACUGGAUAUAGUUGGCCCUUUGCCAAAAAGCUCCAGGGGCCAUCAGUACAUACUAGUCAUCCUCGACUACGCUACCCGUUAUCCUGAGGCUAUCCCCCUGAGGAAGGCUACCUCUAGACAGAUUGCUAAAGAGCUGUUCCUCCUGUCCACCAGUCUGGGCAUCCCAAAAGAAAUAUUGACAGACCAAGGUAGCCCCUUCAUGUCUAGGGUUAUGAAGGAAUUGUGUGCGCUGUUGAAGAUAAAACAGUUGCGAACAUCCGUUUACCACCCCCAGACAGACGGGUUGGUCGAGCGUUUUAACAAGACCUUGAAGUCAAUGCUGAAGAAAUCGAUUGAAGAGGAUGGCCGGAACUGGGACCAGCUGCUACCAUACCUGCUGUUCGCAAUAAGAGAGGUACCUCAAUCUUCUACUGGCUUUUCGCCUUUUGAACUUCUGCUGUCUUACAGACCCAGGGGGCUACUGGACAUUGCCAAGGAGGCUUGGGAAGAGCAACCCUGCAAGCAGCGGACCAUCGUCGAACACGUUGGAGCCAUGAAGGAGAGAAUGAGGGUCGUCUACCCGAUAGUCCGGGAACACAUGGAGACGGCCCAACGACAACAGCAGGCCUCCUACAACAGACCUGCUCAGCCCAGAGAAUUUAAGCCAGGAGACAGAGUGCUCGUCCUGGUGCCAACCGUCGAGUGCAAAUUCCUGGCAACCUGGCAAGGACCUUACGAGGUCAUCGAACGAAUAGGAGAAGUGAACUACAAGGUGAGACAGCCUGAUAAAAGGAAAACUGAACAGAUUUAUCACAUUAACCUCUUGAAGAAAUGGCACGCCAGGGAGGCGCUGUUCUGCUGUUUGCCCCCAACAGAGUCCAAAGCACCCGCGAGAGAGGAGGUUCUGGUGGGGCCAGGCCUGUCCCCACAUCAGCGGCAGGAGACCCUGGAGCUGGUGGAUCGCAACAGAGAUGUCUUCUCAUCACUCCCUGGAAACACAGAGGUGGUCCAACAUGAGAUCCUGACCGUACCCGGCCGUACGGUAACCCAGCGUCCCUAUCGCGUGCCGGAAGCGCGCAAGGUGGCUAUCGAGCAGGAAGUGAAGAGUAUGCUUGAAUUGGGAGUCAUUGAAGAGUCGAAAAGCCCGUGGGCUAGCCCCAUCGUCCUGGUUCCCAAGCCGGAUGGGUCGGUAAGAUUCUGCAAUGAUUAUCGCAAGUUAAAUGAAGUGUCACAGUUUGAUUCAUACCCCAUGCCCCGUGUUGAUGACUUAGUAGACUCCUUAGGGCAUGCUCGCUUCCUCACCACGCUGGACCUCACCAAAGGCUACUGGCAGGUGCCCCUUACCCCAGCAUCAAAGGAGAAGACUGCAUUUGCCACACCUGAAGGUCUGUACCAAUACACACGGCUCCCCUUUGGUCUACAUGGAGCGCCCGCUACGUUCCAGCGCUUAAUGGAUCGAGUCCUCGGCCCCCACAAAAGGUAUGCUGCUGCAUUUUUAGAUGAUGUUGUCAUUCAAAGCCCGGAUUGGGAAAGUCACUUACCUCGUGUCCAAGCUGUGCUUGAUUCCCUCAGAAAUGCAGGCCUGACGGCCAAUCCCAAAAAAUGCAGGUUGGCCUACAGUGAGACGAAUUACCUGGGGUACACCGUUGGACGAGGGCUAGUCAAGCCCCAGGAGGCGAAGCUGCAGGCCAUACGAGACUGGCCGCGUCCCCUCACAAAGAAGCAGGUGAGGUCAUUCCUGGGCCUGGCCGGCUACUACCGGCGUUUCAUUGCCAAUUUUGCCUCUAUUGCCGCACCUCUGACAGAUCUGACAACCAAACGACACUCCAGAAUGGUCAAGUGGGACGCUGCGGCAGAGACCGCCUUCAUCCUCCUGAAGCAGGCCCUCUGUUCCAGUCCAGUUCUAGUGGCACCGGACUUCGGGAAGGAGUUUGUUGUGCAAACCGACGCUUCGGAGGUGGGUCUGGGGGCCGUACUUGCUCAAGUACAAGAAGGUGAGGAACAUCCCGUUCUAUACUUGAGCAGAAAACUACUUCCGAGAGAGAAAAAUUAUUCUACAGUCGAGAAGGAGUGUCUCGCCGUCACCUGGGCCCUGGAAUCCCUACGAUAUUACCUCCUGGGCCGGCGCUUCACUGUGGUCUCUGACCAUGCCCCUCUGCAGUGGAUGGCCAGGAACAAGGAGACAAACAGUAGGAUAACUAGAUGGUUUUUGAGUUUGCAAGCAUUUAAUUUUUCUGUUGUCCACAGGGCUGGCAGGAGUCAUGGCAACGCAGAUGCUCUGUCCCGGAGAGAUGCCCUCUUCGUGACCUCUAGCCCGACGAGGACGUCGAGUCCGAGGGGGAGGAUUUGUGGCAUCACGAGAGGCUGCGUCUUGGAGGGCCGAUAUAUUCCGCGUAAAUGGCUCCAUACGCAAACCGCUUUGGCUCCAUCUGGUGGUGGAGUUGGGAACUUCACCCCUCAACACACCAUGCUGCAACACAGCUGAGGCCGAUGAGGGCCUAAUGAGCUAGAAGGCUUUUUGUGAGCUAGGACCUCUCAGUAUGUGUGUGACACUGGAGAGAGCCCAUGUUUGCACAUUCUCUCCCAAGAAGAAAGUUCCUUGGGAGGACUAACUUGUUGAAAUUCCUCAAAGCCUCAGAGACUAUUUGCGAAUAUUAUUUCCUGGACUUUUGUGUUGACUUUUCAUCAUUGGAGUGCUAUACCUGCUACUGCUUCCUGGAAUGACAGUAAGAUUGAAGAUUUCAGUUGACUUUCAAGAGGAUACUUUUUGAAGAGGAAACUUGCCAUUGAGUGACUGUUAAAGAGCCGUGGGCCUUUGUUUAUGUUUGAUUAUUGAGAAGAAACCUUAUUUGAACUUUUGAACUUUGAAAACAACUUUUUGUUAAGUCCUCAAAAUAACAUUAAAUCAUACUUUAUUUGAAACUUGUGUCCUUGCACUGAUUGAAAUGCCCUGCUUAAAACGAGUCAACCUCU